GAGGGAUGCGGCGGGGUAGAUGGAGGAGGAGGAGGUGAUAGACUGGAAGGGCAGAAUGAACCGGUCGGAGACGGAGCGGGAUGGAGGACUGCGGUAGACUCCCCGGCAGGCUGCCACCCGGCGGGGGGCUCGCAGAGAGAGACGGCCCGUGUUGAUGCGCGGUGGGAGGAGGGGGGGGCAGUGAUUCAUGCUGCAAAUGACCUGACAGCGAACAAAGCUGGGCGUAAAUGUGAUCUUUGUGAGAGAAGUUUUUUUUUCCUGUUCAAAAUUGGCGUUUCGUUAAAGAUUGACCAAUGAAAGGUGGUUGCGUGCGUCCAUCAUGGUCGUGGCCGUCAUCUUAGCAGCAUCACCGCCUGAUCUCUUGAGCUGCCGCGGGCUGGACGUCAAGCCGAGCCAUUACUGAGAGACAAUCACAGACACAUCACAACAAGACUGCGACAUUUGACCAGCAUGCAGGAGUGGAGGCUGCCGCCUCGCUGGCUGCUGCUGGCAGCGUUGGUGUUGAGCCUGCUGGGCUGCGGCGGGUCCGCUCCCCCCCGCGGGGCCGCACCUGCGGCUGCAGCGGUCCGCCUGCCUCUGCGCAUGCGCGCGGCUGCAGGUGCCGCGGUGCCCGCGGCACCUGCAGCCGCGCGCAUGCGCAGAGGCGCCCGCCCCAGCUUCGUGGGCAUGAUCGAUAACCUCCGAGGGAAGUCCGGACAGGGAUACUACGUGGAGAUGGCCGUGGGUUCUCCUCCGCAGAAGCUAAACAUCCUGGUGGACACAGGGAGCAGCAACUUUGCCGUCGGGGCCGCUGCUCAUCCGUUCCUGCGCAGAUACUACCACCGUUCACUCUCCGGCUCGUACCGCGACAUGGGUCGGAGCGUGUACGUCCCCUACACGCAGGGCCGCUGGGAGGGCGAGCUGGGCACCGACCUGGUCUCCGUGCCGCACGGCCCCAACGCCACGCUGCGGGCCAACAUCGCCGCCAUCACCCAGUCGGACCGCUUCUUCAUCAACGGAUCCAACUGGGAGGGAAUCCUGGGCCUCGCCUACGCCGACAUAGCCAGGCCUGACGACACGCUGGAGCCGUUCUUCGACUCUCUGGUGCGUCAGACAUCCGUCCCCAACCUCUUCUCUCUUCAGCUGUGCGGCGCAGGCUUCACCCAGAACUACUCCCUGGGCAGCUCCACAGUUGGCGGCAGCAUGAUCAUCGGAGGAGUGGACUCGUCCCUUUAUGUGGGAGAGCUCUGGUACACUCCCAUCCGCAGGGAGUGGUACUAUGAAGUCAUCAUUGUUCGGAUCGAGGUGAACGGCCAGGACCUCAACAUGGACUGUAAAGAGUACAACUAUGAUAAGAGCAUCGUGGACAGUGGGACCACCAACCUUCGGCUGCCCAGGAAGGUCUUUCAGGCUGCGGUCAAGGCCAUUGAAGCAGCCUCUUCGACGGAGCAGUUCCCCCCCGGGUUCUGGCUGGGGGACCAGCUGGUAUGCUGGAAGGCCGGCACCACGCCCUGGAACAUCUUCCCCGUCAUUUCCCUCUACCUGAUGAGUGAAAACCGCAACCAGUCCUUCCGAAUCUCUAUCCUGCCACAGCAAUACCUGCGGCCGGUAGAGGAGGUGGCCUCUCCUGAGGAGGACUGCUACAAGUUUGCCGUGUCCCAGUCCAGCACCGGCACGGUCAUGGGCGCCGUCAUCAUGGAGGGCUUCUACGUCGUCUUUGACCGCGAGAAGAAGCGCAUCGGCUUCGCAGUGAGCACCUGCCACGUGCACGACGAGUUCCGCACCGCCUCCGUGGAGGGCUCGUUCCACGGCGUGGACCUGGAGGACUGCGGCUACAACAUCCCCCAGACGGACGAGUCCACCCUGAUGACCAUCGCCUACAUCAUGGCGGGAAUCUGCGCCCUCUUCAUGCUGCCUCUGUGUCUCAUGGUGUGCCAGUGGCGCUUCGCCCGCUGCCUGCACCCGCACGGGGACUUCGCAGACGACAUAUCGCUCCUGAAAUGAGGGCGAAGAUGUCGGGACACUUGAAACACACGCGGAGAUGACCUGUGUUACAAAGGAUGUCCAACGUUAUGACAUUAUGGUGCUGUCCAAAGAGCUUUGAAACGAUUCUUCAGGAACACGAUAGGAAAUGUACAGACAUUGCUGACGUGCACAGCCAGGUUGUUUGAGGGGAUAUGGGACCGGUAAGAGAGAGGUCCCAUUGUCAGUAUACACUUUGCCUGUUUAAGAUACCUAUGCAGAUCAGCAUGGCCGGAGGAACCUAUGUGGGGAAAAUAGCCAAAACAAACAAAAUAAAUAUGUCCUUUCCUAAAACUAUUAAAACGUGAACCACACAGAUUGAAAAGGGUGCUAUCCCCGUCUUGGGUAGGCUCCACUGCGCCCCUGCAACCCCAAAACGGGACGAGUUCAGCCUCGAAAAUGAAAAUAUGGACGGAGCUCUACACUGAGCAAAUUAGACUUUAGGAAAAGAUAAAUAAGUGUACAUUACUAACACGGAUGAAGACAACUUGGAUUUGAAUACGACGUGAGGAGUCCUGGAGCUGGCGGGCGGGAUUUGAUGUGGUGCGACUCAAACGUGUGAUCACGUGUGUGUUUGUAGUUCCUAACAUUUGUGGCUUUUCGAGUGAAUGAUGCGAGCAUGCCCGUGUGUGUGUGCACGGCUGUUAUGUCAGAGAAGAGUAUACAGAAAGUUAUGAAGAUUAUUAAAAACAUGCUGCAUCUAUGAAAUUACGUAACCUUGCACACGCCAGCAAAGAUGUCUGCAAAGCAACUGAAGUAUGCAUCCAGAGACUACGUGGCUGAAAUAUGAGACUGUAAAGCAUUUGCAGUAAAACAGUUGGUUUUGCAAAACCGACACUACUGAUUACCGUCAAUAUCAGAUGUCACUUUUUCUUCUAAUACUGGUAGCUUAAAUGUAUCUGUCGUACAUGAAAUGUGUUCAUUCCAGAUCUCCUAUUUGCACAGACACAAAACAUAGAGUGCUUAUUUAUCCUUGGAAACUACUUCUGCACCAUCCGAUCGUUUUAAGACUUGAGAGGGCUUCUUUCACAGACAAGCAGCUCACACACACACACACACACACACACACACACACACACACACACACACACACACACACACACACACACACACCACUCACCACAUCUUUCAACGGGGACCAUAUAUGCUUAGACAAGGAAACCAGCCCAAAGUAUGUUAUACACUAAAGAUAAAUAUGUAUGUUGAUCAGGGACAGUUCAUGUUGUCUCUGAACAAGCUGUAAAUAGAAAACUCAGAACUGAAUAUUUAUCUGUCAGGCACUGGCAACACUGUUAAACCAAUAAAGUACUUAUUGUAACUGUAA